AUGUCUUUCUCACCAAUCCCCUCCUACCUCCUCGGUGGAGUCUUCCUGGCCUUCGGCCUUCUUCCAUUCUUCAGCGCCGAAAAGGACUACGAAGCCUUCGGCCUCCCUCUCGAACAAGAAAACGAGACAAAGGGCGCAUCGAAAUCUGACCACAACUCGUCUCUUCUGCAAACCCAAAAGCAGAUCAACGGCUCUGUUUCUCCUCUGGCCUAUGCCCGCGGUAUUCGCGAUGCAACCUAUGGCUUGACUUAUCUUCUUCUCCAGGCUCAGGGCCAGGAGAUUGCGCUCACUACUUUCACCGCAAUUGUUAGUAUCACCGCUGUUGCUGAUGCGCUGAUUGUGGCGCGUUUUGGGGGUGAGAGUCGACGGGGAAAGAUUUGGGGGCAUCUUGUGACUGGUAUCAUGUUGGGAGGCUGGGCCUGGUGGAGAGUUUGA